AUGCAGUCUCAGCUUGAAGCAGCAUUAUUAGGUCAAACUUCUCAAAGCAAUAACCAAGAUGUGGAUGAAAACAAAGACAAUAAUUCUGAAGGGAAAGAAAAUGAAGAGAUGGAAGAAAUUGAGGAAGUAACAGAAUCUGUUAAAAUUCAGCCGAUUAAACCACCGGCCCCGCCGGUUUUUGGAAGAGAAUCGAACAAUAGGACAGUGACCCUGCAGAAUUUACUAUCUGCGGGUAUUUUGCAGCCCGGUCCUGGGGCUAUGACAAUAGAAUAUUUGGGACAAAAAUUUGUUGGAGAUCUUCUCGAAGACGGAAAAAUCCGCAGUCAAGAGACAGACACAAUUUUUGCUUCGCCCAGUGCUUGGGCAAUCGCUUGCAAACGGUUUAUCAAUCCCGAUAAAAAAUCCGGUUGUGGAUGGGCAUCUGUAAAGUACAGAGGGAAAAAAUUGGAUGCUUUUAAAAACGUUUGGUAUAAGAAGAAAAAAGAAGAGGACGAAAAGCAAGAGAAGUUAAUGAAAGAAAGAGAAGAUUUACACGUGAAACGUGCUUUUCCAUGUCGUUGUUCAAAAAAGGAUAGAUCCAGUGCCCGAUAUAUAGAAACCGAGAUCAAGAAAACCAUAGAAAGAGAAAAGCUCACACUCAUCGGAUGGUACCAUUCUCAUCCAACAGCUGCAGCUGCUCCAACAUUAAGGGAUAUUGAUGCUCAAUUAGAAUAUCAAAUUAAGAUGAAAGGAGUUAAGGACAGCAGCUAUUCACCUUGUAUAGGAGUUAUAAUAUCCCCGUAUAAUUACGAUACCCCAUCUUUAGAAUCAAGCAUUAUAGCCUAUUGGGUUAUACCUCCACCGGAAUCGAAGCCGAACGAAUAUGGCCGACCGAUGUUGAUGUCGUACAGUGUAACACAAGAUUCCGUUGUGGCCCCUCACAUAAAAGACGAAAUGAAAAAGUGCAUCGAAUAUUAUAAGAAAGAGACUGAUUAUAUUAAUUUUGCAGAUAGUUACAUGGGAACUACCUGUUACAUAGAUAAGUUAAGGACUACUCUAAUGUCAAAGUUUCCCAGGGAAGAGUCCGAAACAGCUUUAUGGAAGUUUAUUAAAGAGAUUCUAGGUUUGCCCGUGGAAGAGAAAGAACCCUUGAUUAGUAUACCUACUGUUUCGAAACCUAGCCAGUUCUUCCACACGUUCACCCCUCCAGCUAGUUUGGCGUCAAGUUACAUGUUACCUACGGAUAUUUCCAGUAUACUUUAUAAUUCUGGUAAAUUUCCCAGUGCUACAAGUCUCUUAGGCUUACCAGACCCUAUGGCGCAUAGUACCCUUGCUGCGAAUAAUAUGUUUUUGCAGUCGAACUAUUUUAAAAUGCAAGACAUGUUUAAACCAUUUACGUCCAGUGCGCAUCUACCUCCUCCACCUGUGCCCCCACCGUCAAGACUUAAUAGAUCAGAUAAGUCACUUCCAAGUGCAGCUUUGGGAGCUCCACUUCCUUCUACUUCUUCCCUGAAAAUACCUUCUGAAAUGAAACUCCCAAAGAGGAAUCAUUCAGAAAAUUAUUAUCACACAAAGUCCAAGAAGGAAUAUUCACAACACGAAUUCACAAUGCCAAAAGCCCCUAAAGAGUUCUCAAUGACCGAUUACAUAUCGUCAUUGGGAAAGGCUACUGUGACAAAACCUGAAUUUCUCAUGCCUGAUUUAAGUAGUAUAAAUAAGCAUUUAAAUGAAUUCAGUCUUAGUAUGGGUAGGAAAAAGGAUUACGGAGAAAAACCGCCUAAAAUACCGAAGUUAAAUUAUUCUAGUGGUACCUUAGACUUAAGUUUUACUAAAAAAUCGCCUACCUCUUCGUUUAUUUCUGACGUUCCUACGGAUCUGACCGUCGGUGCAACUAAGAGGGUUAGUGAAGGGGAAAGUAAGCCUUUGAAUCUCAGCGCCGGGUAG